AUGGACCCCACAGUCAACGAAGAUCAUGAACGCAUUCGAAUGAGGACUGCGAACCCCUUCCUCUUCAUCAACCUUGACCUACCCAGGUUGCCUACAGAAGAGGAUUUUGAGGUCCUUAACGCGCGUGGCUUCGUAGAUCUGAUGGCGAAGAUUUUAGAAUCACGAAGCCUGCCCUUUCUUCAGGAUCUCGUAGCCGAAUGGCGCGAGACCACGAUUGAGGACGUAUUGGUCCUCGCAAGAUUUCCUUUGACACGGGAGUUGACACAGGAAGACACUGACGCCUCCUUUGUGGGUUUCAUCUGGAGAUUGGAUGGCCACAUCAUAUUCUUGUAA